AUGAACUCAAUCCUCUUCACUGGCCUAUUCUGCUCGUUACUGCUCCUUUGUCGCACAUCACCAAUUUCUCCUUAUGUCAAUUAUGAAGAUGACAGGCCGCACCGUGUCAAGCGUUUCGGCGGUUUCGGCGGCUAUCCGGGCUUCGGCGGUUUCGGAUACCCUGGAUUCGGCAGCAGUUACGGCAACAGCUACGGACUCAGCUCAAGUUACAGCCUUGGAGGGUUUAACAACGGUUACUCCAGUUUUUUCGGCUAA